GAGAUGCAGCACCAACAGAGGAGAGAGGGGGAGACAAACAGAGGGAGGGAGGGAUAAGAAAAGAGAAGAGAGAGGAAGGAAACACAAAUCAGAGAGAAAGAGGAGAGGGAAGAAGAAGAAGGACUGAAAUUAAAAAGACUGGAAAACAAGUGCAGCCAAGACAGGACAAAACCUGAUGGAUGAGGAUAAGAUGCUGCUGCAUCUGAGCGUCUCUGCCUGACUUCUGAGGAGUUUGGGCUCGGACAUGACAGAGAUGCAGCGUCCAAGUGUUUGAGCCUAAGCAUCUCCAGUUUUGUGUGUGUGAGAGUGUGUUAAUGUGUGUGAAGCCAUGGCGAGCGCUCAGCCGGGGGUCCACGCAUUGAAACUCCAGCCUCCCUCCGUCUCUCACACACUGAGGAACGGAAGCAACUUCAUUAAAUGGGACGAGGAUCUGUCCACCGUGACUCCAGUGACUCUACAUGUGGAUCAACAUGGAUUUUACCUCUACUGGACUGACCAAAACAAGGAGACGGAGUUGUUGGACCUGACUCUUGUAAAAGAUGUCAGAACGGGGAGAAGCACCAAAACACCCAAGGAGGCCAAGCUGCGGGAGCUGCUGGAUGUUGGGAAUCUGGUUGGCCGGCUUGAGAACCGCAUGGUUACCGUGGUUACGGCUUCAGACCUUGUCAACGUCAACCAGCUCAACUUCAUUGCUUCACAGGAGGACGAAGCUAAGGUGUGGUGUGAGGAACUGUUCUCUCUGUCUUCCAACCUGCUGAGCCACAAUCUCAAUAGAGACCACAGUCUGUUAAAAGCGUACGUCAGAUUAACUCUCCAGCCGAACGCAGAGGGGAGAAUCCCUGUCAAGAACAUUGUUCGACUGUUUUCAUCAGACAGAAAGAGAGUAGAGAAUUCCCUGGAGAAUUGCAGGCUGCCCUACGGACGGGGUGACAGUAUCAAACUGGAGGACUUCACACUCGAAGUUUACAGGAGCUUUUUGGACAGUCUGUGUCCUCGUCCUGAGCUUGGCAACAUCUUUAAACUGCAAGGAGGGGAUGAUGGGACACUGUCAGUCGAUCAGAUGACAGAGUUCAUCAACAACAAGCAGAGAGACCCGAGGCUGAAUGAAAUCCUCUAUCCGCCUCUUCGUCCUGCACUGACAAACUCUCUGAUGGAGAGGUACCAACAGGACCAGGCACUGCUGAAGCAAGGAUUCAUCUCUCUCCAGGCAUUCUCCAGUUUUCUGUCCAGUGAAGAGAACGGAGUCAUCCCACCAGAGAAACUGGAUCAGUCUGAAGACAUGAGCUUCCCCCUGUCUCACUAUAUCAUCAACUCAUCACAUAAUACAUACCUGACAGCGGGCCAGCUGGCAGGGAGCUCCUCAGUAGAGAUGUACAGGCAGGUGCUUCUGGCUGGAUGCCGCUGUGUGGAAUUAGAUGUGUGGAAAGGACGAACGGCUGAGGAGGAACCUGUCAUCACGCAUGGGUUUACCAUGACAUCAGAAAUCCCUUUUAAGGAAGUGAUUGAAGCUAUUGCAGAGUGCGCCUUCAAGACUUCACCUUUCCCUGUCAUACUCUCCUUUGAAAACCACGUGGACUCUUUGAAGCAGCAGGCUAAAAUGGCUGAAUACUGUCGAUCUAUUUUCGGAGAUGCGCUGUUGAUUGACCCUCUGGACAAAUAUCCUCUGGAGUCAGGCGUCCCCCUGCCCAGUCCUCAGGAGCUAAUGGGCAAAAUUCUCAUCAAGAACAAGAAAUCCCACAAACCCUCCAAUAACACGGACACCAAACGACUGACGGAUCAACCUGCCAAUCAGAGCAACGAACAAGUGUGUCCUAGCAACAACACGGGAGAGAUCGAGGCUGAGAGUGAGGAAGAUGAUGAUGAUGAAGAUGAUGAUGGUAAAAAGGGCUCAGCAGAGCGGGAGGCAGUGGCUACGGAGGAAAUGUCAACUCUAGUAAACUAUGUUCAGCCAACCAAGUUCACCUCCUUCGAAGCCUCCAAGAAGGCGGCCCGCUGUUACCACAUGUCGUCUUUUGUGGAGACCAAAGCUUUGGAGCACCUCACAAAGUCACCAGUGGAGUUUGUUGAAUAUAAUAAAUAUCAGUUGAGUCGUAUCUAUCCAAAAGGAACCAGAGUCGACUCAUCCAACUUCAUGCCUCAACUCUUUUGGAACGCCGGCUGUCAGCUGGUGGCUCUCAACUACCAAACUAUAGAUUUGUCCAUGCAGCUCAAUCUCUUCAUGUUCGAGUACAACGGUCGGAGUGGCUACAGACUGAAGCCUGAGUUCAUGAGACGGCCAGACAAACACUUUGACCCCUUCACAGAAAACACAGUGGAUGGUAUCGUUGCCAACACGCUGUCUGUGAAGGUGAUUUCAGGCCAGUUUCUGACUGAACGGCGGGUGGGUGUGUAUGUGGAGGUGGAGAUGUUUGGACUUCCUGUGGACACCAGAAGGAAAGCGCUGAAGACCAAAACCUCUCAGAACAACAACGCCAUCAACCCAGUUUGGGACGAAGAGCCGAUCGUCUUCAAAAAGGUGAUUCUUCCUACUCUGGCGUCUCUGAGAAUUGCUGCUUUUGAGGAAGGAGGGAAGUUUAUUGGUCAUCGGAUUAUUCCAGUGACUGCCAUAAGACCAGGUUACCGUUACAUCGGUUUGAGGAAUGAGAAAAAUCAAUCUCUGAUUCUACCAGCUGUGUUUGUCUACAUCGAGGUCAAAGAUUACGUCCCAGACACCUUUGCAGAUGUGAUAGAGGCUUUGUCCAACCCCAUUCGAUAUGUCAACCUCCUGGAGCAGAGGUCUAAACAGCUGGCGGCUCUGACACUGGAGGACGGGGAGGAGGACACGCAGACCGAGGAUGAGGCUGACACUUGUGCAGAGCGUAAGAACGAUCUGAAAUCAGCUCCACUGGAGAACGGUUUGAGCCCCGCCUCUGGCCCUACAGGACACACCCCCAUCACCACGACGCCCAAAGCUUCCGCAGCCAAUCAGCAAGCAGCUACGACAGAUGCAGCCAAACCAGCAGCAAAGAGUGAAGAUCUGGUUUUAAGUAUUUUGAUAGAUGUCCCAGUGUGCACCAUAGAGAGUCUUCAGCAGUCAAAGGUUUACCAGAAGGAGCAGAGACGUCAGUUUAAAGAGCUGAAAGAGUUAGUGAGACGGCACCAGAAGAAAACCUCAGAGCUCCUCCGAGAGUUCAACAACAAGUACAAGAAGAUGGCCAGACAGUGCAGCAAGAGCAGGGCUUCGUGUUCGGACAGUGAGAAAGACGACUGCCUCCAGCGGCUGAGAGACGAGCAGCAGCAGCAGCUCUUGGCUCUGAGGCAGGAACAGUACUACAGUCAAAAGUAUCUGCAGAGAGAACAUAUUAAAAUGCUGACAGAGCGACUGAGCAAUCUGGCGGAGGAAAGUCACAACUCCCAGAUGAAGAAACUCAAAGAUAUCUGUGACAAGGAGAAAAAAGAGCUGAAGAGGCAGAUGGAUCGAAGGAGAACAGAGAAGAUCAACCAAGCAAAGACCAAAGAGAAACAUCUGGCUGAAGAGGAGAAGAUGGAGAUCAAUAAGUCCUACGUCAAUGAAGUCGUCCAGAACAUAAAACGGCUUGAGGAGACUCAGGCGAAGCGCCACGAUCAGCUGGUGGAACAGCACAGCGAGCUCCUGCAGGAGAUACAAGACCAGAAACCAAAGCUGCAAGGGGCCGUGGAGGCAGAUUUUCAGGAGAGGUUCCAGUGUUUGCCGGGAGAGAUUGAAGACUUUCUGCAGGACAGGAAGACAGAGGUUAGAGGUCACAGCAAGUCCCGGCCAUCGACCCCACACGAAGCUCUGUCAGAGGAGGACUGAAGAGAAACAAAUGUGCAGACGAGUCAUGGGAGUGUGAAGAAGAAGAAUCGAUGAAUCAAUGGAAGCAGAGUGGAGUGAAUCAAGAAGUGGAUCAAAAUACAAGGAAGUAAGAAAUGCAAAAGGGAAGCAUUGAUGAAAGGCUAGUGCGGGAGUAAAUAAAAGCAGAAGAGAUAUCAAGAUUAUAAAGACUGUUACUUUUCUUUUUAAUGGAAGAAUGCUUUAAUGAUGUAUUUUUUAAUUCCAUUCAAGCAUGCACUUUGCUGUACUUCAGCAUUUAAUCAGAACCCAUUUAGUCUUAUUUUCUUUCACUUGUUAUUUUAGAGGACAACUGAAUCAAUCUAUCUAUCUAUCUAUCUAUCUAUCUAUCUAUCUGACAGUUUGUACUAUUUAUUUGUGUUCAUACAUUUGAAUAUCAGUGUACAUACAUCAGACUCGAGGACGGUCUCUAUUUUAUAUGCACAUGGAGAGAUGUUACACAAUGUUACACAAAUGCUACGAAUCCAAACCACACAUUUUUUUGAGCAGCGUUCAACAAACUCUAAGCAGCUAUUUUAUCUUCUUAUUAGUCAGCCACCGUGGCGGCCUCGACGACUUCUACAAUGGGCACUGCUAGUUCCUCAGCUGUGUCUUAUAAACACUUAUUUAUCAUUUUUUGCAAUGCUCUCUUUUCAUAUAGUUGCACACAUUCCCACUCUGAAACUUCUGAUGCAUAUGGAUAGUCUGAUCUUUUGGCCUCUGAGCAGCUUUGCUGGAGCAUCUGGAGUUCAGUGGUAAUGAUGGAGAUUUAUCCACCACAUUUUGCUAGUUUGAAAUAAUGUAGAAUUAGAAAUGUUGCAUACUUUAAAAAUACAGAAUGAUGUACGCAGCAGUACAAGAUAACACACAUACCAUAGCGUAAUGUCAAUAUUAUAUACUUUUCACUGAUUUUUACGGUCAUGGUUUUAUGUUACAUCAGUGCAUUUAAUGCCAUGUAAUAUUUCAAGAGCAUAUUAUCAGGCCGUUUUAUGGGGUUGUUUUUAAAGCUGACAGUCAUCUGUGUAACAAGUAAGACCUUAACAGGGAUAAAGCCCAUAUUCAGACCAUGAAUGAGUAUGUUGACACACUUGUUGCAAGAUUUAUGCGAUAGGCGACUGGAUCAUUUAUUGAAUCCUCACUUAUUUGCUUUGAUUAUGCACUUAUUUAUUUAUUUAUUCUUAUUUAUUUAUUUCUUCUUGAGAUUAUUGGAGAAAAUGUAUCUCAAUGGAAAUUUCUGUUAAGUUAUUAAAAUUAUUUUUCAUAGCAUGACUGUUAGCCUAAGACAUUUAUGGAUUGAUGUACUUUACUAAAGUUAAGGGAACUAGGAGGAUUUGCACAGAAAAAUUAUGCGAUAAAAUUCACCUAUUUUUUUUUUUUUAAUGAUCAGAGUUUUCUGACCAGUAGCAGCAACAUCCCACCAGUUCCCUUCGCCUGCUGUACUAAUGGUCUGACGGUUGGAUGUCCUGUUAGAUGUGGAAGAGCCUCAAAGUUUGCUGCCACUGCAUGAUUUAUUUGUUUUGAUGUGAAAGUUGUUUUAACAGAGUCAUCACUCGGAUGAUCUCUUUAUUUAUUGAUUGUUAUUUUCAUGAUAAUUAAGGAUCAACAACAUAAACAAUUUAUAAAACUGUUAAAAUAGUUUUAGAGUGCAAAGUCAACCUUUUUUUUUUGUAAAAAUGUAAAAUGAUCGGAGCUUGACACUCUUUGUACAGUGAUCUUCUAGAAAAUAUCUGUCGGAACAUUUUCCAUGUUUUCCUUUUCUUCCGGACGUAUACAACUAAGGCUUAAGCUGUGUUCAACAACCUUUUUUGCAGGGAACCGUUUCUUAAAAUUUAAGCCACUGUUGAUUGAGAUUGAACAAUCUUGGCCACGGUCUGUACCCGACCUCAUUAAGGUAGCCUACACUGCAGUUUCGAUGGCAAUAUUUUAGACUCAGCUGCUAACUCUGUGUGCUAACAUUAAAGUACCUCACUAUUCUGUCACCACUGUAGGUCAAAAUUAUCUGUUAAAAACAUGUUUAAGUCUACAAAGUGGCUGAGGUUCUCCAACAAAAUGUCUUGCUGAACGCACCCUUGCUUUAGUGAUUAAACUGAGCAUGCUUUAUUGUCUUGGAUUUCUCUGCCAGUUGAAUUGUUUCUUGGUUUUACUGAAUGCUAUUUUAAUUCAAAGACUAUUAAAAAGAUUUGAUCUAAAAAA